AUGUUCAAACAGCUGUCUCAAUUCGGGAAGAAUAUUUCCGACGAGAUUGCACGAGGGCUAAAUGAAGAAUUCUCGACUAGUGACCCACAAUCGCCAGGACAAAAUACCCCCCCUAGUAACUACGAUGAACUUCCAAGGGAUAUACAGGCCAAGCUAAAAAAGUUCGAUAAGUAUGAGCAAAAAUAUCCACUACUGCUGAAUGCGUACAAGGCGGAGAAAGAGAAAUCGCAAUAUGUUGACGUAUUACUAAAAAUCCUGUCUGAAAACACGCCUCUUUCAUCACUUAAUGACGCGGAAAGUUUAAGAGGGUAUUUCUCAGAUGUAAAUACUCAAAUUUCAAUGUUGAAUGAUGAAAUCAAACGGCUUACGGGGGAGAAUAAUGCCAAAACGAAGGAAAUAAAUGAAUUAAAGAACAAACAGGAGGUUACUGCCGAAGGUCAGAAAGAUAAUAAUGCAGAUGCCAAUAUAAAUGAGCUGAAGGAAGUAGCUAAUGCAGCUUUGGAGGAGCUGAAAGAGGGGCACCUGCGCUCUAUAAAGGAAAAAGACAUGGAGUUGGAAAAAUUGCAGGUAGUUGUGCGUGAAGCUGAACAAAAUGUGCAGAAUUUAGAAUCAACUCUACAAGAAAAGAAUGCAGCAAUUGUCGAGCUUGAAGCUAAUGUUAAGAAUCACGAUGAGAAAAUACUUGAAUCUGAAAAACUCAUAACUAUGUAUAAGGAUACCAUCCAAAAGUUAAGCCAAGAAUCAAUCCCUACCUCUGUUGCGGCUGCUAAUAAACCUAAGGGUAAGAGAAAUCGUGGAAAGAAGACUGCACAUGGGCAGAGUUCAACACCACCUGUUGCCGAAGAAGAAGGAAAAAACGCUAACAAUCCAUCUAGUAACGUGCCACUGCGCCAAACGGGCGAUGAUAUUAUAAAGAGUAUUGAAACGAAGGUGAAGUACGAGGAAAUGAAUAAAGAGUUAAGCGCUUUUAAAGCUUUAGGAAGCAACAGUAAAGAGGUUGAAGAACGUAUAGAGAAACUACAGAAUGAACUUUCAUCUACAAAGUCGAAGUUAAAGAGUAAGACAGAAGAAUUAGAAACUGUCAGUGACAUGUUAAAAACUGUUGGGUCUGAGUUAGUGGAGUUCAAGGAUCAAAUGAAAGAACAGAAUAAUACGUCAAACGAGAUUCAAACCUUGAAAUCUCAAUUAGAGAAAGCCAAUGAAGAAAAAGGAUCUAUAGAAAAGCAAUUGACGGAAAGAUUGAGUAAAUUACAACAAGAUAAGAAUGCAUUAGAGAAAGCGGUUAGUGAACAAAGCAAGAAGUUCCGCGAAUUAGAACAGAAAUACUCGGAUUCGGUAGAACAGAUCAAUAACUUAAAAGCACAGAGUGCCGAAUGGUCUGAAAAGCUGCGGGAGUUUUCAAAUUUGAAAAAAUCGGAGUCUAUGGCCAAACUGACGUUGUCUCAGAAGGAAAAAACCAUAUUGUAUUUGGAGCAACAAAUCAAGGAGUACACUAGUAAUGGUUUGCUAGCUCAAAAAGCUGUUGAUGAUUUGACUGCAGAAAAGGAAAGACUACUUAAGAGGAUUGAAUUAUUGAAUAAUGACCUUGAAAGAACUAAGUCUGAAAUCAAGAAGAAUGAUAGUACUGUGGAGAGCUACAUCAAAGAAAAUGGUAAACUUUCGGAGAGAUUAGAAGUUCUGCAGGAAAAGUUUGACUCUAUGCAGAGCAUGAAAAGCAAUUCCUCCGAACAAGUUGAUUCUAUUAGAAGACAGUGUGAGGAAUUAAGCACGAAGUUACGUGAAGCGAACAAAAGGAUUCUAUCAUUAGAGGAUGAGGUGAAUGAAAAUGCGAACAUUUUACAAGAGCGAAUUAGGGAAGCAAACACAAUGCGGAAGUUAUUAAAUGAUGACCAAAUUAACAGGAAUUCUAAUAUAAACGCAUUGGAGGCUAAGAUAGCUACUCUUACUGAAGAAAGGGACAGAUUAAGCUCAGAACUUGAAUUUAAAAUGUCAAGUUCCAAUCGCGAAGUAAAACAGUUGAUAGAAGCGAAUAUGGAACUGAAAUCUCAAGUACAUAACCUAACAUUAAAAUCCACAGGGCUUGAUGCAGAAUUGCAACAAUUGCGCGAACUAAAUUCCACCAUACAGAGGCGCAGUAGUUCCACUUCAGAUGGUUCUGGCGAACUAGAAAAGAUGGUAAGAGUGUUGAAAGGUUCUUUAAGUAGCUCGGAAAAAAAAUGCCGUGAACUGAAGACAACUAAUGGUGAAUUGAGAACAUUGAAUGACGAUUUGGUUGCUAAGCUAGAUCGAAUUAGUAAAAACUAUAAGGCGCUGUCAAAUCAACUGCAAGCUGUAAAGGAGCGUCGGCGAACCCCCAGUCAGGGCAGCUUGGCUGCAGGUCUUAACAAAUCAAGUAGAUCUCAGUCUGUUUCUUCCCAGAAUUCGGAUCAUGAUAUGAUACCUGGAACUCGUACUACAGGUAUGCCCCCGAAUAUUAAGAACGAUAAUCCUGAAUCUGAAUCGGCAUUAAAUGACAAGAUUGCAUACAUAAAGAACGUCUUAUUGGGCUUUUUGGAAUACCGUGACCAGCGUACUCAAUUAUUGCCUAUUGUAUCUAUGCUGUUACAUUUGGAUAGCAAUGAUGAGAGAAAGCUCAUGAUGUCAUUAAAAUGA